UACUAUAGAGAUUUUUUUUAAUGUGAGCAUCAAAAGCAUCGCAAUUUUUUUUUUCACUAAAAAUAAAUUUAAUUAUAAAGAAAGUAUAGAAUACUAUAAGAAGUUAUAGAUCAAAGAAAGUACACAAUGGCUAAGGGACUUUUAAAACAACAGUUGAAUGCUCAAAAGGCACUUGAAAUAGUUGAUAAUUCAAGAUCCAAACCAGUUACUAAAAAAUCAGUUGCACCAGUUGCUCCUAUAGAGAAAGUUAAGCCAGUUGAAAUUAAAGCUGUUAAACAAAAGAAAGAAAAGAAAAGUACUAAUGAUGAUUAUGUCAGUGGUGCUUUAUCCAAGAAAGAUAUGAGACAGUUGAAGAAGAUGCAAGCACAAAUUGAACAUGCUGAAGCUGAAGAAGAAGCUGAAGAAGAAGAUGACGAAGAAGAUGAUGAUGAAGAAGAAGAAGAUGAAGAAGAAGAUGAAGAUGAUGAUGAUGAUGAAGAAGAAGAUGACGAAGAAGCUGAAGAAAAAGACGAAGAAGAAGAAGAAGAAGAUAUUCCAUUAUCUGAAGUUGAAGUUGAUUCCGACUCCGAUAUUGUUCCACAUACCAAAUUAACCAUAAAUAAUAAAUCUGCUUUAAGAGAUUCAUUAGCUCGUAUUGAAUUACCAUGGGCCAAACAUUCCUUCAUUGAACAUCAAACCGUAGUAAGUGCUGAAAAGACUGAAAGUGAAAUUAAAGAUAUUUAUGAUGAUACUCAAAGAGAAUUAGCAUUUUAUAAACAAGGGUUAGAUGCUGUUAAAGAAGCUAAAGCUACUUUAUUAAAAUUAAAAAUCCCAUUUGCUAGACCAUUAGAUUAUUUUGCUGAAAUGGUUAAAAGUGAUGAACAUAUGGAUAAAUUAAAGACAAAAUUAUUAUCCGAAGCUGCUGAUAAAAAGGCAUCUGUUGAAUCUAAGAGACAAAGAGAAUUAAAGAAAUUCGGUAAACAAGUCCAACAUGCUACUUUACAAGAUAGAGCUAAACAAAAGAGAGAAACUUUAGAUAAAAUUAAUUCUUUAAAGAAAAAGAGAAGUUCCAAUGAAAUAAGUAAUGAUGAUGAUUUCCAAAUUGCUUUAGAAGAAGCUACUCGUGAAAAUGAAAACCGUGAUCGUGACAACAAGAGAAGAAAACCAAAUUCUAAGAGAUUAGCUAAAGAUUCUAAAUAUGGUUCUGGUGGUAAAAAGAGAGGUACUAGAAGAAAUGAUGCUCAAUCUUCUGCUGAUAUUAGUGAAUUUUCAACCAAUAAAAAUAAAGGGGGAAAACCAAAUGGUAAAUCCAGUAGACCAGGUAAGAGUAAACGUUCAAGAAGAAGUUAGUCACCUGUUUCUCCCUCAUUCUCUGUAAAUUAUCUUUCAUAUAAUUCAAUAUAUAUUGCAUCCUUUUAGAAUUUAGCAGUU